AUGUCAGACACUCCUAAUGAUCUCUUCAACUAUUCAUCAGGACGUUGGCUGCAAGUCUUUGUCAACAACGAUCUUCGGGUUGCAGAGCGCAGACGUGAGUUUGACGUCGAGGAGCUCUGUCGACUUGCGGCGCAGUCUGUUGGCCGGACUUCUCGUGAUAUCCAAGCAUUUGUGAAGCUCGCUGAGGGCGGCUUUAACCGGACUUUCCUUAUCACCAUGCAUGAUGGCUUCGAGAUGGUAGCCCGCGUCCCGUACACCGUCACAGUCCCCAAGUUCUAUGCUAUUGCUAGUGAAGUAGCCACAAUGCGUUUCUUACGUUCCUCGGGGCUACCUAUUCCCGAGGUUUAUGACUACUCUCCUUCGUCGGACAACGCUGCGAAGACGGAAUAUAUCUUUAUGGAGUUUAUCAGAGGUACCAAUUUUAGCGAUGUGUGGUUGGACCUGGAGGAAGGAGAAAUCAACUCGGUCUUGCGUCAACUUGUUCAAGUCGAGUCUCGCAUGAUGUCGAUCCAUUUUCCAGCUGGUGGAAGCCUUUAUUAUACUGAGGAUCUGGAGAAGAUGACAGGGAGGAAGGGAAUUUUGCUCAACGACGAACGCUUCUGCGUCGGUGUAGAUGCCAGGGUGCGUAUGUGGUACGGACGGAGGUCACAGUUGGAUGUGGACAGGGGACCCUACGAAAGCGCCGAAGCAGCACUUGAAGCAGUAGCACGCAAGGAAAUUGCAUAUCUAAGACAGUUUGGUCAACCAAUACUCCCAUUCCAGCGAGAAAGACGGGAAUAUUACGAGUACAAAGAGCAGUUACCGUCAGACCACAUCAAGAAUCUCGAACGCUACCUUCUCAUGGCACCCUUGCUCAUCCCAAAAGAUCCUGCUCUUCAUCAUUUCUGUAUUCGCCAUCCUGAUCUCCAGCCGAGUAACAUCAUCGUGUCGAGGUCACCAGAAUCUAACCAAUUAAAAGUCGUGAGCCUGUUGGACUGGCAACACGCCUCGAUCCUACCCCCAUUUCUCCUCGCUGGUAUACCAGAUCGCUUCCAGAACUACAAUGACCCAAUCUCUGAGGCUCUCAUACCACCUUCCCUACCGGUGAACUUGAACAAAUUGAACGAAUCAGAGCAGAACCGCGAGAGGUCACUUUACCAUAGCCGUCUCUUCCACCUCCACUACGUCAAGAACACCAAAGAGUACAACAGGCGUCAUCUCGAUCUGAUCAUUGACCCCAUAUCCAUGUUCCUCUGCCGCCUUUUUGAUGGGGCCGGUGCUCCUUGGGAGGGUGAAACUCACACUUUGAAGACUGCGUUAAUAAAGGCAACUGAGGUAUGGGCGAGGCUUGUGGGGCAAGGGGAAGCCGUGCCGUGUCCAGUUGUAUUCGAUCCUGAGGAUCUACGCCAGACAAAGGAGCUGAGUGAAAAGCUGCAAGCAGUCGAUGAGGCCUUCGAGGAGUGUCAAGCCAUGAUUGGUUUGGGACCCGAGACUUGGGUGACCAACGAACAAUACGAGAUGGCCGUGGCCCUCGGCGAGUUGGUAAAGCAAAAAGUCCUUGCAAGGAUCCCGGAGGAAGACCGCGCUAGGACUGAGGCGCAUUGGUUCCUGGACGAUAUGGACGAAAAGGAUUACUUCUAA